UUUGUGCAAUUUACUUAGAUCGCUCAUGUAAAGUCCCGUUACUUUACUUUCGUAAUUCAUUUAACAAAGGCAUUUAUUAACUAUCCUCAACGGUGAACCACGGCUUGUGUCAAAGCCCGUGUCGGGAAUCAUCAAGCGCCGUGGAGUUCAGUGACACCGUUACUGAGUCGAACUUUGUGAUUGUAUUUUAUCGAUUUUAACUUUCUUGUGCAACACAUUGUUUUUAUGCUGUUUAUUUAUUAGUGUGGUCGGGUAGCUGGCCAACAAGCAGGGGGGAUUUUCGUGUGGAAGGUCCAAGCAAGAGUAAGCCGUGUCUUGGGGUAAAAGCAACACGGGCACUACGGUGGCCCCUGACACCCUAGCGCCAGCGCCCCAGCCCCCGGAUGUUGUUGCAGGGGUGCUGGAGAUGACUGGCACCGACAACAUCCGCUUCAGCGGGCACACCCUCGACAAGGCCACCAAGGCUAAGGUGACCUUGGAGAACUUCUAUACGAAUCUCAUCACACAGCACUAUGAGAGAAAACAAAGACUGGAGAAACUUGAGGAUUCCCUCAAGGACGAGAGUCUAUCUGAGACUCAGAAACAGGAGAAGCGUCAACAGCAUGCGCAGAAAGAGACGGAGUUCCUAAGGCUUAAGCGUUCCAGGCUUGGAGUUGAGGACUUUGAGCCUUUGAAGGUUAUAGGUAGAGGAGCGUUUGGUGAAGUUCGACUAGUACAGAAAAAGGAUACCGGUCACGUGUACGCCAUGAAGAUACUCAGGAAAGCAGAUAUGCUUGAGAAAGAGCAGGUCGCUCAUGUCCGAGCUGAACGCGACAUUCUCGUCGAGGCGGAUCACCAGUGGGUCGUGAAGAUGUACUACAGUUUCCAGGAUCCGAUGAACCUAUAUCUCAUAAUGGAAUUCCUUCCCGGAGGCGACAUGAUGACACUACUUAUGAAAAAGGAUACAUUGAGCGAAGAGUGCGCUCAGUUCUAUGUAGCUGAAACAGCCCUGGCUAUCGACAGUAUACAUAAACUUGGAUUUAUUCACAGGGACAUAAAGCCAGAUAACCUGCUACUAGACGCCCGCGGUCAUAUAAAGUUGAGCGAUUUCGGUCUUUGCACGGGCCUCAAGAAAAGCCAUCGCACCGAUUUCUAUCGAGAUCUUUCACGAGCUACGCCUUCUGAUUUCAAUUUCUUUUCAGUAACGACGUCGUCGUCGGCGAUGGACUCGAAGCGUCGUGCCGAGUCCUGGAAGCGGAACAGAAGAGCGCUCGCGUAUUCGACCGUCGGGACGCCGGACUACAUCGCACCGGAAGUGUUCCUGCAGACGGGAUACGGACCUCAGGCUGACUGGUGGAGCUUGGGAGUUAUUAUGUACGAAAUGCUGAUCGGUUAUCCGCCAUUUUGCUCCGAGUCGCCUCAGGAGACAUACAGGAAAGUGAUGUCUUGGCGGGAGUCCCUCACUUUUCCACCCGAAAUACCGAUCAGCGAAGAGGCACGGGAGACAAUUCUUCGCUUCUGUUCCGAACCCGAUCGCCGACUUGGUUCACAAAGAGGCAUCGAAGACGUGAAGUCGGUGUCGUUCUUCCGCGGCGUGGACUGGAGUCACGUUCGCGAACGUCCCGCCGCUAUCACCGUGGACGUGCGCUCCAUCGAUGACACGUCCAACUUCGACGACUUCCCCGACGUCAAGCUCGAAAUACCAUCAGCGCCCAUAUCCCAGGAGGGUGAAGUCGCUUAUAAAGAUUGGGUGUUCAUCAACUACACGUUCAAGCGGUUCGAGGGUCUGACGCAGCGCGGGACGCCUACCAAGAAAUGAGUAUGAGAACAGCCUAUUCCUAGGCCGGUGUACGUUGACAUACCACGUGACCGUACACCAAUCAAAUGUUGCACCAUUGUAUAAGUUCAUGGACACAAUAAUCACAUCUCCAUUGUCUUUGUAUAUAUAAUUAAUUUCUUUCAAUAUUAUAAAUUAUCUGUUUAAAAAAAAUUAAUGUAAAUAAUUGUUUUGAUUCCGUUGAAAUUGAUUUCUUCGAUGACUUUAGAUUAAGUUUGUUUGUUUGUUUUUAUUUAUUUAUAAAUGUACUAUUUACAGUGGAGGUUGAUGAUGUAUACUUAUAUCAAGACAAUUAACGCGAAAGUGCAACAUUAAAGUUAUGAUAGUAAACAGUGUACUGUCCAAUAUAUUCGGCUUACAAUUUGUGAUCCCUGGGAUAAACAUGUAAGCGGAAGUUUAUUGUGCAUACCAAAGUCUCAAGUCGAAUGUAUGUGUGUCAAUAUGUACCGGUUGUUUUUGUAUAGGAUUGAAUGAAUAGAAGGGUAAAAUUCAACAAGCGUAGAGCAUUACAUCAAAUGAAACUUGGCCCCAUCAAAAGGAAUAGUUUUAUGUACGAGUACAUAAUUAUAUUUAACCGAGAAAUAUAUAUAUAUAUAAAGAUAUUUUAUAAACAAUUUACUAUCUCUAAAACAACGAUGUUCAGAUUCAAGGGAUCAGUACGUCCGCAGAAUAAUAAUAAAGUCGAGAGUAUUUUUUAAUAUUUAAAUAUUAAUUAUGGAAAGACUAUUUAAAAAUUCUUGUAUUUGCUCAAAAUAUUUGAUCUUUAAAAGUGUACAAUUAAUUCGAAAUUUAUUUUCUAAAAUAAAUCGAAUCGCACAAUAUUUAUAUUUUUAAAAUUCUAAACAAAUCUUUAAAAAUAAAUUACGUAAUUUUCUAUUUACAUGAAUAUAUAUUGGAGUAAAAAAGUACACAGUUACUAAAAUAUUUUUUGUACUUAAUUUUGUUUUUGAAACAUGUCUUUACUUGAGGAAUUCUCGAAUGUGAUGGAUUUAUGUAAUAAUAAAUUAAAUUCUGAUAAAAUCGCUUAAAGAAAAAUCGUUUGUUGUGAAAAGCUGAGUUUCAUUUGAACAGUUCUUUGCUCUGCGCUUCAUGUAAAAAUAUUACCAACAGGAAAAUAAUACUGAGUGUGUUUAACCGAGCUCGUACAUUACUUCUGAGCUUACCCAGGCAAAGUUAGGUUCUUCAUUGUAUUUGCUCAUAUUAAACAUCCAUUUCAUAACGAAAAUGGUUAAACUAUAGUUCGUAGUGCUUACAUUCGCGUUUCGCUUUAAUUAUAUAUUUAUUUCUAUACGCCAAAAAUUACAUAGAAAUUCCUUUUUGAAAUUUGGAAAUGCAUUAUAUCUUGCCAAGUAGUUAUUUUAUACUCACGAGCGACCACUGAUCACACGUCGAACGUGAACCGACUAAAUGCGUGUCCAUAUCUUCAAUAAUAAUUAUAAGAUAAUUCGCAUUUAAAAAAUAAUUUUGCUUUGUUUUUAAUCAAAUGUAAUUUCGAAAUACACCUACAACGUAAAGAAUCUACACGAUACUAUAACGAAUGUAUUAAAAUACCGCAACAUAUUGGGAUUAGAGUAAUAUUAAAACAUUUCGUCAAUGUGAAAACGAUUUUAUAUUUACUAGUCCAAAAUGAACGACACUGUUCUAAUAUCAAAAAUGUUUGUCCCUAUAUUAAAGUAUUCCAGUCCCCUCUACACAGAUAUAACAUUAAAUGUUUAUAUUAAAGUAUUUAUGUAUAUAAAAAUAUAAUGUAUUAUUACUCGAAUGUGUUGGAAAAUGAAAAUGCAAUAUAAUCCGUCCAAAACUUGAGUUACUAUCGAAUAGCAGGUAUUAAAUGAAAUAAAAUUAAUUAAUUAUAUCAACUUGUAAUUAUUAUUAAUUUCGAAAUAAAUCCUUAUUUAAUAUAAAAAAAUAUUUAUUGUAGUAGGGACGAACAUUUUUGAUUAAAAAUAUUCACUAAGUAUACAAACAAAAUUACAUUAUUUAAUUGCACAAAUUAUAUCAUUUUCGAAUUUAAAAAAAAAAAAAAAAAACAAAAGCACAACGAACUUCGUCGUAUUGCUUCUGUCUAAUAAUUAUUCGUUUUCAGUUUUCACCUCGUUCCUGACAUGAAAUAUGAAGUUACCAAAUAUAAAUGUUGAAUUCGAUAAGAUGAAUGUAGCGGAAUAAUUUUAAUUGAACAAAUUAGAGCUUCUACUUCUAAUAAAAUAAGUUAAUGAUUAUGUAAAGAAAUAACUACGAAAUUUUCUAUCACAUUAGUAUUACUGUAACUUCCUAGCUAAAGAUUAGCAGUCUAUAUUACUUAGUGGUAGCUCUUGCCUGCAGCGUAAGUACAAAAGUAAGAUAUUUUGGAUUUCUUCUGCCGAUUGAAAUACCGUAUUAGGAGCGAAAAAUAUUGCCCAUCUCGUCUGAACAUUUAAUUCUGACGUUAAAGCCCUUUCCACACUGGCCGAAAAUUACAUAACACGUUUUGUGUUAAAAACUAUAAAAAUCGGCAUUUAUUAAUAAUAUCGUCACUGUCAUCACACUAUAGUCCAAAGUAUAUAGAUUUAUACGUAAUAUUUAUCUAAAGAUUAUUCGAUAACGUAGAUAACUUACCUGUAACGAUAUUGUAUUUGAGAAGUAAUUAAUAAGUGCGUACACAACGGUCUGUUGUUAAAUGAACUAUGUAGAUAAUAAUUAAUUGUUUAUUGUAAUACAGUAAGCACGCAUAAAAUACCUUCAGUAAUAUAAUACAACUUGUCGAUGUGUGCGGACUAUACAUUUGUGAGGUUGUUAGUGUGAAACAAGCCCAAAGUUUUGCAUAGAGCCUAUGUGAGAUUGUAAUUGCUUGUAAAAUCGAAGAAUAUUACAAUAAACGCUAACUGCCUUACAUAAAAUACAUUGCCAUGUAUUUACUGUUUUACGUAAUGUAAUAUGAAUGUCCAUUCUAUGUAUUCUGUAUAUCAGUGUUGAGGGAUAAUGAUUUGUAAAUUUAAGUUAUUUUUUUUUUGUAUAACUUCCUAUAAAUAAGCAUAAAAUCUGCAUGUACACGUUUGUACGAAACCUAUUCCUGUUUUAUUUCGCUUUGAUAAUUAUUAAUAUAGUAUGUUGUAGAUGUAGAACGUUUGCGUAGUUUACUAAUAAUAUUAUGAAGCGAUGUUGUAUAAUUUCUAACUGUAUCAUUGGAUUAUUUUCAUUAUAGAACUAAUUAAUUAUAUUGUUUAGUUAAAUUAUUUAGUUAGUUUAAUAGAUGUAUUCACGGUUAAUUUGUCGCGUUCGUUACGUACCUUUGUAUACGGCGCUUCGAAUUAAUGUUCUAUGUCGAAACGGAUAGAUAGACGUGAUGAGUAUUGUGGUUUUUCUUACAAUAAUAACAUUUCAGUGGUAUAGAAAUUUCGACAUUAUCCUCACUUAAAUAAGGUUUGAAUUAAAAUAUCCUUGAGCUUACAGUAACAUUAAUAGUACCACUGAUCUAUCCUCAGUGUUGUCCCAUAGCAUUAACGUUUAAACAUUAUCUGUGUAAGCGAUGGUUAAUUAUUAAGCAGAUUUCGAAAGUUUUUUGAUAUGUAUGUGUUGUAGGAUUAAGGCAUGCUGCUAUAUGGAAUGCUUACGCAGUUUUGUUAUUUGAUGUUUUAGGGAGACACGGUUAUGUAAUAUUAUAUAUUGGCUUCAAGGUCGCGACACGCCUGCGCGGUCAAGCGAACGGUACAGCUAAAGUGACCGUCGACAGAACAGUAAUUUUUUAAAGUUAAUAUUAUCUUCUGCUAUAUCUACUAUCAAUAAGAACCAGGCUUAAUACAUUCUUUAUUAAUAAUAAAUUUGAAGUUAAUUUCACAAGACAAAAUUCUUCAAAUCAUUUUGUUGAUCUUUGGCUUUGUCACACACAGCAACUCUUAUAUUGUACACAUAGCCUCGCAGGUUUGUCCCUAGCUUUAGGGCGCCUGAUUAAGACCAAAAUACAAUUGGUCACUGGAUAUGUAGUGUUUGCAAAUUAUUUAUGUAAGAUGCGCUUGUCGAUUUUUCAAUCGUUUAUCAAAAUAGAGUUGAUAAACAUCGAUUAUGAUAAAUAUAUUAUUAAAAUUAAAUUUCAAUUUCACAAUUUAAUUUGUUACAACUUAUUUAUUUACUUAGUUAAGAUGAAGUCGAGUUAAAGUAAGAUAUGCGCUUAUAUAAAUGUCGUAUUAGAAAUUAACUUAUAUUUUGUCAGUUUAAAAAGCGAGAGCAAGAUAUCUUCGCUACGUAUCCAUGUACAGUCGGCAUAAUAAUGUUUAUACAUAGGUAUGUUACGUGCACUCAUUACAGUUCAAUGUUCACACUUUCAAUGGAAUAUUAUCGCUUUGGUGUACAGCGUCCACGGUCGCUUGUUUAUUCAUUGAAUUUAAAUGUUUGCUUUGUUAUUGUUAUAAAUUAAAAAAAUGAAUUAUUUAAUUUCUUAAAUUGUAAGUUUUGAACAUAUUUUGAUACUUAUUGUUUCUUCCAUGUGAUUUAAGAAAGUGGCAAUACAAAUAAUCAUUAAAGUGAUAUGUGUUUUUUUU